AUCGAGCCGGCCCGGUGAUAUUGAGGGUUCUCAAUCGUGGACGUCGUAGUAAUAGCAGCAAGCGUUCGGCAUCGCGCCUAAGGCUCCUUCGCGUGCGUCUUGGUAGGGUCACAAAAUCGGACACCCCGUCAGCAUCGCUCUUUUGGCCUUGGGAAAGGCCAAUUUCCAGACCUGGGAGCAAGCACGACCAGCAUGGCCGCGACGACUCGCAACACCGGGCAAACAGCUCUCCCACCUCUCGAUAAUAACCUCGUUCAUCAUCCAGACAGCUGCCUAGGACUCUCCCUUCCCCUCAUCGAACGAAUAGCGCGAAUCCUCCCUCACAACCCACGUACGAUCGUCUCCAUUGGCAGCGGCACUGGCCUUUUCGAAGCACUUCUCCUUCAUCACGAGCCCGACCUCACCUUGUACGGCGUAGAAGUCGGAUCCGAUCUAUCGAUAAAUAAAUACAUUCCAGAACAAUACACAGAGACAGUCGGUGGAACAUGGGACCUCUGUUCCCUCGCGGAGAGUGCGGCGGCUUGGAUGUUUGUAUAUCCAAGAAGUCCAAAACUCGUCGCACAGUAUCUCGAACGUUACGCAAGCAGCAAGACUUUGGAGAUGGUUGUAUGGCUGGGCCCAAGAGAAGACUGGACUGUGUUCGAGCCAUGCUUCAGCCGCGCUUCCAUGUGCGCGGAAAUAUCUCAAGAUGCCCUGCUGCGGCCAUAUGAGAUGAUGGCCAUAUAUAAGACCAAGACAUAAAAUUGCACACUCCUUGCGAUUACUUAGGGAACCCCGAUAGGCUCUGAAACUCGGAAUACGAUGUGGAGGGAGGCAGUGGAACCUAGGCUACCGUUUGACUGAUUGAAGGUUUGCUAGUUGAGGC